UUUUUUUUUUUUUUCCUCCUUUUUUUUUUUCCCCAAUGAGCAGGCUCUGCGAAUAGGUUCAGUGUUUGCGAAGGUGCAGAAUUAGCACACACACAUGCACGCACACAUACACACACACACAGAGGGAGAAGCACAAAAAGCAAGUAUCGGGACUGAAGUAAGGAGAGGUAGGAGUUUAAGAUGGCUGUCUGUGGGGAGAUGUGUUAACGAGGAUUUCUGCUGGCCAAGAUAACCUGCUGCCUUGGAGAGAUCUGCUUGAAGGACCAACUUUUUAUGUGUGUGCGUGCUGGGGAUCUGUUUGUUUGUUUAGAAUUCAGGGGGCUCUUUUUUUUUUUUGGCUGUGGUUUUGUUGGGGUUUUUUCUUUUUCCACCCCCCUGCAACUGCAUUUUUCCAGCCCUUCCCAGCAGCUUUAUUCAGAUUUAUUUGGCGUGCUUUGGAGAAAGCCACUCUAUAAUCGGGAGGUCAAAGGCAUACUGAAGAAAGUUAAUAAUGGCUGCUAAUGGUGCUAACAAUUCAGGGUGAAUCUUGUCAAAAGUUUUUUUUUUUCCCCUCUUCCUCCCCCCCCCCCCUUUUUUUUUUCCUCCUUUUUUUUUUUUUUUCUGGAAGUCUCAGUCUUUUGAUUGUGUGUUUCCUGAAAGCAAGACCAAUCAUUUCAGUUUAUUCACUGGCUAAACUCUACUUGAUUGGGGACAAGCACACAAACCAUCCAUUACGAUCUGAUAUAUUAUCCAAACAAUUUAGUGUAUUCAUGAGGUAACCUAAAUGUGGAGGCUGCAAAAUUACCCGUAAUCAAUUGAAACAGCGAGUGCGCGUCCCUCUGUGUGUCUAACAACUACAUGUCUCUGUAAUAAGGCAGACAUUAAAUCAUUUUAGAGUUGUACUGUUGAGUACCUGAUCACUGGGCGCUCUGGGAAGCUGGACAGUCACAUUAGGACGCUGGGACUGAGGAAGCCGCUGCUUUUCCAGUGGGAUAAAACCCCAUCUUCCUUACUCAAGGUGCUUUUACAGAUCCCCACCGAUCUGACCCUAAGCCGUGCAAUAUCCAGCAUAGACUUCGCCUUCUUCUUCUUCUUCUACUCUUCUAUUUUUUUGUUGUUGGUGGCUUUUUUUCUGUUUUGUUUUUAUUGCACUACAUGUUUGGGAAACAAGACAAAAUGGACGUUAGAUGCAGUUCAGAGACUGAAGCUAACCGAGUCUCGAAGAACGGACAUAAAGAGGGCAAGGAAAGCAAAGGGGCUGAAGGAAAUAUUUCUACUUCUUUUUUGAAGGAUCAGCAAGGGACUUUUUCUGCCUCUGCAGCUACGGAAGGUUGUAAUAAAAGUAAAUCUAGUUCGGCUGACCCGGACUAUUGCAGAAGGAUCCUAGUUAGAGAUGCCAAAGGUUCAAUCAGAGAGAUUAUUCUGCCCAAAGGGCUUGAUCUGGACCGUCCCAAGCGGACCCGCACCUCCUUCACGGCCGAGCAGCUCUACCGCCUGGAGAUGGAGUUCCAGCGCUGCCAGUACGUCGUGGGGCGGGAACGCACCGAGCUCGCCCGCCAGCUCAAUCUCUCCGAGACUCAGGUCAAGGUCUGGUUCCAGAACCGGCGCACCAAGCAGAAAAAGGACCAGGGCAAGGACUCCGAGCUGCGGUCGGUGGUGUCCGAGACGGCCGCUACUUGCAGCGUUCUGCGGCUGCUGGAGCAAGGCCGGCUGCUCUCCCCGCCGGGACUGCCGGGCCUCCUGCCGCCCUGCGCUACCGGAGCGCUGGGCUCGGCGCUGCGCGGGCCCGGCCUGGCUGCGGGCAGCGGCAGCGCGGCGGCGGCGGCAGGUCCCGGAGGCGGCGGGUCCCCGCAUCCACCGGCCGCCAGCACCGCGGCCGGGCCCCCGCCACCGGCAGCGCUGCACGGGGCGGCCGCCGCCGGGCACGGGCUGUUCGGGCUGCCGGUGCCCGCGCUGCUGGGCUCGGUGGCCGGGCGGCUCUCCUCCGCGCCCUUGGCCGUGGCCGGUUCGCUGGCGGGCAACUUGCAGGAACUGUCGGCCCGCUACCUGAGCUCGUCGGCCUUCGAGCCCUACUCCCGGACCAACAAUAAAGAAAGCGCUGAGAAAAAAGCACUGGACUGACUCUAAGUAACUUCCCCGUAUUUAUAUUUAUAGUCUCUACUUGUGGCGGUAUUUAUGGGGCGGGCGGCGCGGCGGCCCCCUCCAUCCAUCCCUCCCUCCCUCCCCCCGCCGCCUCCUCCAAGCCCCGCGGCGCCGUUCCCUCCGCGGGCCGGUGCGGAGCGGGGUCCCGGUGCCCGCGGGGCAAGGCGAAGCAGCGACCGGGGGCAGCCCGCGCCGCUCCCCUGCCCCGCCGGCCCGGGGUCCGUCUUGUCCGUUCGGGGAGGGAGGGGUGUGUCUGUUCGUUUGCUUUGCCAUCGGUAGGAAAGGGACGAGGAGGGAGAGCGGACGGGGUGAGGUUUGGCUCUUUCGGGCCGGCUCUAGCCAAUGCCAAGCGAGGGAGAAAGAUUUCGGAGAGAGGAAGAUGGAGCUGCCAGGUGAUGCCCGGGUUUGGUUUUUCCCCCCCUCAGUGACUCCGAAGCACAAGGGGUUGGGGGCUCCACCCGUGGCCCUCGUUCCAGCACACCCACUGCACUGCAGUCCCCGGGAAAGCUCAGUGCCGCUCGCCCGGAACACCGGCCGGGAAAACGGCCAGCAGCUUCCCUUUUCCACCGUGAAUCCCGAAUGUGGGAAGGGCCGGAGCGGGCUGCCUUGCAAAUACACUCACGAAGCGGGGAGAUAGAAACCAGUGGCUGCAGAGAUUUUGAAUCAAACUGUCUCCCCCUUCGAGAUAACACAACGCCCCUUUUUUUUCCCCUUUAUUUUUUCCCCCUUUUUUUUCCCUCAUUCCCACGGGCCAGCCCCGCAGUCCUCAUCUGCAAAAGCAAAUCUGCAGAUAAAUAAUGGAUAAAUCGCGACUCGAUUUGCAUCCAGAUCUGUUGCGAUAGUAAUUAUUCUUCUAUUUUUUUUCUUCUAUUCGAUUUCUUUUCCCCCAAUAAUUCCAACGCGCAUCUAAAUGAAACAAAACAAAUCUUAGGCCCUCCUUCCUCCUAAAAUAACCCCCUCGUAUAUCGCUCACACUUCAUUUAAAACGAACGUCAAAUAUAAAAAGCGUAUCUUUUAAUGUUAUUUUUGUACUUUAAAAUACAUCUAUGUAACAACCUCCUCUUCUUUUUUUUUUUUUUUUUUUUUUUCCUGCAUAAUUCCUACUGCUAUUUUCUCCACAAACAUGUAUUUCACCUUCUAGUAUUCCGGAUCGAAUAUUUCCUGUUCAAUCUCGGUACUUGAAUUAUUUGCCAGAAAAGGGAUGCUGUACUUUUAGCUAGCUCUUUGGAAACGAACGAUUAAUAUUCUUGACUUUGGUUUGAAGUUUCUUUUCUUUCUUUCAACUUUAACGUUUACAAACUGUAUAAAUACGUGCCACCAAACUGUAACCAAAAAAAAAAAAAAAGAAAAGAAAAAAGAGAAAAAAAAUUUACAACAAGUGGAAUGGUUGCUGUAGAAUAGAGAAUUAAUUCUAGACCAGAACUGGACAGAAGGAGCUGGACAGAAAGAAAAUAGUGAUUUUAUUGUAAAUUAUUUACGUCGGAAGUUUCUAGGCAACUAGUCGGGAAAACAAACAAAUAAUGGAUGAAUUGAGCGCUGAGCCCUUGCUACUAACUUUUGUUCUGAAUGUUUUGGAUAUUUGGAUGUUUUGUAUUUAUGUGGUGAGAGUGAAAUAUAUUAUAUCUAUAUGAUGAUGGAA